AAUGUAAUCAAUCUAAUUGACUAAUUAGCAAAUCCCACGCAUGAGGCACCCACCAGCUAGGUAGGCAACCUUUUGGAUGGUGUGUAGGUUGGGACCCAAUGAAAUAGUGGCAUGUCUUCAAUGCGGUAAGAAUCGAUCUACCCUGCCUCAAAAGUACGAAUUGUAGGCCAAUCAGUGGGAUAUACCGCGCAAUGCUGUCUCGUAUGAGCCUGCAUUUUACUGAUGGGUGGCUGGCUGGCUGACGACUGUGUUGGCAUUUUUGACAAGGCCGCAUACACCGGAUUAUGACCAAAUGGAGGUCUAACAGCGCCACAUAUAUGCAAUAUUGAUUCUUCCAACGCCCGGCCUGGCUCCUUGUGCAAUCUGAACACAGACAUACUCUUCAUAACAGUUUGAUUUUUAGAACUUCAGCAAAGAUUGUAUAAUGCCGCAAGAUAACGCCAGAAUUGCCCAUGCCUUUGUUAUCCGCAGGCCAUUGAAGGGUAGUCCAAUCCAGGCGGACCUUGCAGCCCACUCUGCAGUUCUUCUCAUAGAUGAGAAUGGGAAAGCCCUCAUUGCAGAACGUCUAGGUAGCCCACACGGAAGCGACUUCCGCGAUGUGAGCUACGAAAUUAUUCAAACGAAUCGCAUGCGAAAAUAUGAGAAGAUAGUAACAGAUGAUGGACAAGUGUGGUCAAAACAGCUCAUCGGGAACAAGGUCCCAAGGAUUGUAACAAGAGGCCAGGUAAACGAAUUCAUAGCUGAGCUUAGUCACGCCACAGUUUACAACUUCCGCACCUCGAACUGCCACCAAGCGCAGGAGGAACUCAGAAGGUGGCUCGGCUUGGAAAUCCCGGCACCGAGACGUCUAACUGCGCUCACAAUGAUGCUCACGCCAUCAACCAGGGAUUCCACUCACCAGCCUCCAGGCGUUGGCCUCGGCCUCAAGACCCUGCCUCACGCGGCAGGAGAUGAGAUAAAUUCUGCUCUGAACGCCCACGUUGGUGUCCCCCAAGGGGAAUGCUCUAGAAGGGUAUCUCCUUACCACGCAUGGGGGAAUCUACAAACACCAAAUUUCUUAUCAGAGCGUAGCAUUCUAAGCGGACAAAACUUGAUCAUGCCGCAGCCAGACCUUUCCUACCUAGAUCUUGCAGGUUAUACAUCAGCCCAAGCCGCUCAAGGGCGUAUCGAAGUUCCCGCGCGAGGACCGACUCGGUCGGAUCUUUCCUACCUUGAUCUGCCAAUCGACACAUCCGCUCGCCACCAUGUGCCCAACUCGAGCGCCAGUCCCAGCCUUGAUCAGAGCAACACGAAUUCAAUUCCUAGGCUCGCGCCUGGACAUAUGAACAUGGUCGCAGGUGCCGUUUCUGAUCUGAAAGAAGGCUCCUGGGAUGAGGCGAGGGUGGCAAGGGUCAUCGGUGUGACUGUAGCUGGUGCUGGUCUGUACGCAGCGACGGGAGGCGCUGUUUUGGCAGUUCCUACUGCAACCGGCGUAGCUGCUGGGGUGUCAAUGGCGUUAGGACCGGCGGGACUUGUAAUGGCCGGACUCUUUGCUGUCUUUGGGAUUCUCGGCAGCUGAGGAAGAUUUGGAUUAGAUGAAUUGGAGGGUUAGAAAGAUAAAUACACUGACAUAGUAUCAAAGUCCAAUGCUGUCGAACGCAGGGUGGUAGUCAGUGACUGUGCGCGGGGUUUCAACUCGUAAUAAGUAAAGGAAAUGGUCAUACGCAGGGAUUUAAAAGGGGCGCCUGUGGUCAUUUGUAUAGAUACAAUUACCUAGCCGUCUAUAAAGCUCAGUUUCCCCCUUCUCUUGACAAGAGAAGCGUUUCUCUAGCUGUGAUGAGCACGGUGUUCAACUUGAGAUAAAGCCACAAGCUUGUGCGAGUCUCUCCGCGUGGCGUGGCG